AUGUCGCGUUCCAAAUCAAGAUCUGGGUCGAUUGAUUUUGUUCAGAAGAAUCAUCAUUCAUCAGUGUUUUCUAGGACCCUUUCUGCAUCAAAGUUUUGUAGGGGAGGUGAUUUGGUCUCACAAAUUGAUUCGAACGCCCUUAAAAUUGCUGACAAAAAGUCUUCCAAGAAUCUGAGUAAUCGGGCUAUGUCAAUGGAGAAACGGAAGGGGGAUUUGGAGGCAGAGCUCCAUAGGACUAAGGAACAAUUGGGGGUUGCUGAGGUAGAAAGAGAGCAAGCCCUUGAUGAACUUAGACAGGCAAAAGAAGCAGCUCUAGAGGCAAGUAAUGGGUUGAGUGAAGCUAGGAAGGUCGAGGAAUUAAAGAUGGAAUUGAAGAGUUUGAAAGAAAUUCUAACUAAUUCACAUGAAGAAUUGAAGGAGAAUCUAGCUCGUGCUGAGGAAGAUGAGAAGAAAGCUUCAUUGAAGGUUAAAACUCUACUCGAAGAGAUGGAAUUGCUUAAAAACGAAUUGAAGUUGGCAAUUGAUGCAGAAGAAAAGAGUAGGAAGGCCAUGGAAGAUUUAGCUUUGGCAUUGAAAGAAGUUACCACUGAAGCCAAUCAAACGAAGGAGAAACUAGGUAAUGCCCAAAUGGAACUCGAGCAAGUCAAAGAAGCAGCAGAAAAAAUGAACGAAAUGGUGCAAAGUACUGAUGAAAGGCAUCAAAAGCUUUUAGACGAAGCUAAACAAGAAGCAGAAUUGUACAAGAAUACUGCAGAUAGACUGAGAUUAGAAGCCGAGGACUCGAUUUUGGCUUCGAACGGGAAGGAAAUGGGGUUUGUCAGUUGUAUAAAAAGAGCUGAAGAGGAAGCAGCUGUUGCACAACGUGAGAGUGCUAGACUUGCCGAGUCCCUCAAGGCAGCUGAGGAUAUGACACAAGCAGCACGGAACGAAACUAACAAAUUGAGGGAUAUACUUAAGCAGGCUAUUAAUGAAGCCAAUGCUGCAAAAGCAGCUGCAGACAUUGCUAGAGAUGAAAAUUCCCAACUCAAAGAUUGUCUUUCGAAAAGGGAUGAAGCCUUGAAUUUUCUUACCCGGGAACACAAACUCGGAAUAAAUUUGAAGACUGAGGACAAGGAGAAGAAUGGGACGUUCGUGGACGAGGAACAAGAGGACAAUAAUUUAAAGAAACAUUUCAGCUUCAACCUUGAAGAUCCGAAGUUCAUGAACGAGCAUGAAAAUUCGGAUGAGAAACUUUUAGAUGAAUAUCCCGAUAAGGCAGAGGCCUUAAAAGGCUCAAUAUUUGAUUCUUCUGCAGAAACACCAAGAUCAGAGCUUCAUACUCCAAAACCAUCGGUUUCUACUCAUAGGAGAGGGUCCAGUCUCACCAAGCUGGUGAGCGAGUUCAUCGAGUUCGGCAACGACCCAGAAAGUGAAUUUCUCGAAAGAUCAAGAAAUUUCAGAGACUUAAGAUUCAUUUUCUGCCGUGCCGUGCUUGCUCUGUUUUGCUUACGAGAAAGUGGCGAUCAAUAUUUGCCUGUUUGUGUACCUGAACUUCCUGAUUCAGUGGCAUCCUUCUCCAAAGCUGUGCAACCUUCUAUCAAACGACUUGCAAAUCAGCUUAAAAUGGCUCGUACAAAGCAAACUGCUCGGAAGUCAACUGGUGGAAAGGCUCCCAGAAAGCAACUCGCUACCAAGGCUGCCCGUAAGUCUGCCCCUACAACAGGUGGUGUGAAGAAACCCCACCGUUACCGUCCUGGUACUGUUGCUCUUCGUGAUAUUCGUACGUACCAGAAGAGUACUGAGCUCUUGAUCAGGAAACUGCCUUUUCAGAGGCUUGUUCCUGAUCACAAUGUCUAA